AUGGGUAAUUGUCUCCCUUCUCAAAUAAAAUAUAAAUGCAAGGAGUUGAACUAAAAUGAAAAAGAUAUUUAACAAUUCUUUGACAUUUUAAAAAGCAAGAAUUAUAUCGCUGAAAUUCAGUUAGAAGGUAGUGGUUACGGAGUUACUUUUAAAGCUUAGUCAAAAACAUCAAAAAAAGAUGUAGCAGUUAAAUGCAUUAAAGAAGAGACUAGUGGAAAGCACUAGGAAAUGAAGUAAAAAUUAGACUCCGUUUCAAAUAUUAAGCAAAAAGACUAAAUUGUGGACAUUUUAGAAACUAUUUAAGUUACAAAAAAGGAAAAAAUCCACUUCAUUGUAAUGGAAAUGUGUGAGGGUAAUUUAAGUAGCUUGAUAAAUGGACAAAGGAAAUUAAAAUAAAGCAAUUCCUUAAUCAUAUUAAUCUAGCUGCUGUUGGGUCUGAGGGAGUUGGAAAAGCAAAAAAUCGCACAUGGCGGAAUAAAGCCAUCAAACAUUCUAUUUAAUAGAUCACCUUUGGGAUAUAUCAAAAUCAAAAUUUCUGACAUAGGAACAGCUACGGGUCCUAAUGACUAUGUAAGCUAAGAAAAUCUAAACUAGGCCUCUAUAAAAGGUGAUGUUUAUUCUCUUGGUCUCAUUUUUCUUGAGCUGCUUUUGGGCAAGCAAAUUACCAAUUAGGAGAAAGCAGAUUUGAGAAGAAAAAAAAUUGAUUAGUUCCUUUAAUCAAAUCAUUUGGCUGAUUAAUUUUUAGAAAAUUAGUUGAUUAGAAAAAUGAUUGCUGAAGGUGAUUAAAGAGAAUCUAUAGAGUAGUUGCUUCCUAAAGCCAUUAAACUUUUCUAUGAAAAUACUACUAUAAACCAUGUGGAAAAACUGAAAUGGAUUCUGCAGUACAGUGAUAUGGUAAAUUGCGUUGGUGAUGGAGACUCAUAAAAUGAUUAAAUGGAUUUGGAUAAGAGUUUGAAUAUAAAUUCUUUAAAAAUAGAUCUUUCAUCGAAUAAAGUUGGUGCAGAAGAAGCUAAGAGCAUUGCGGCAGUAAUUCAAAAGUGCAGAAAUGUUACUAAUUUGACUCUUAUUCUUGAAAGUAGCGAAAUUGGGGUUGAAGCAGCCAAGUCUCUUGGGGUUGCCAUUUAAAAUUGUAAACAGUUGACCUCUUUAAAUCUUAAUCUCUCUUGCACUGGAAUCGACAGCGAAGCAGUAAAAAGUGUUUGCCAUGCUUUGGAAAACUGUAAAAAUAUGACAUCUCUCAAUCUUAAUUUUGAAGGUCUUAAGCUACACCAGGAUGGGGCACAAAGUAUAGGAAAAUCUUUUGAAAAUUUAACGCAUUUAAAUUCUUUGGUUCUCCAUAUUUCGCAAAGUUACAUAGAAGCUGAAGGGGCACAUAGCAUCGGGUUAGCUAUAGAAAAAUCCAAAAAUCUCACUUUUUUGGAUCUUGACAUCUCAGGUAACAAAAUCGGCGCAGAAGGGGUAAAGAGCGUAGCGACAUCUAUUGAAAAAUGCAUAAAUAUAUCUUCAUUGUAACUCAAUUUUAGAGAAUGUAAAAUUGGUGUUGAAAAGAUGCAAAGUAUUCGCACAUUGAUAUAAAAUUGCAAAAAUGUUACUUCAUUGAAUCUUGACCUAUCGUAAAAUGUUCUUGAUUAAGAAACAGCAAAGAUACUUGGUCUUGCACUAUAAUAAAAUUCAAAAAUGACCUCUUUAGCUCUUAAAAUAAGCAACACAUUAUUAGAGUUAGAGGCUGCUAAGAUUCUUGCGACGGCUUUUUAAAACUGUACAAACAUCACUUCCUUAAAUCUUAACAUUGCGUGGAAUAAAAUUGACAAUGAAGGGGUUAAGAUUUUCGGAUAAGCUUUAUUUUAGAACACAAAUUUCACAUCGUUAUCAAUUAAUUCUAUGCGAAAUACAAUUGGCGAUGAAGGGAUAAAAGUCAUUGGAACGGGUUUAUCAAAGUGCAAAAACUUAAAUUCUUUAUCUUUGGAUUUCUCAACAGGUGGUUUAGGCAAUUAAGAGGCAAAGAGUCUUGGAAUAGCUUUGCAAAAUUGUAUAAAUCUCACUUCUUUGAAUCUUCAACUAAGGCUCAAUUCUAUCCAUGCUGAAGGAGUUGAGAGUAUUGCAACAGCUAUAGGAGAAUGCAAGAACCUCACUUGUUUGUCACUUAAUCUCUAGGAAAAUAAAAUAGGAACAGAAGGUGCAAAAAAGCUUUGUAUAUUUACAGAUAAGUGCCCAAAAAUUACAACUUUCGUUCUUGGUCUUGAAAAUAAUCAGAUUUACGACGAAGGAGCGAAGGCUAUCGGAUUAUCUUUAGAAAAAUUAAAAGAUUUAAGUUCUUUGACUCUUAAUCUUUCUUGGAAUAGAAUUGAUUCAGAAGGAGUUAGUGAUUUAGGGAUAUCCAUAUAAAAGUGUAAAAUGAUUCAUACUUUCGAUAUUAAUUUAACAAGUAAUAUUAUCGAUGUGAAAGGGAUAAAGAGUUUUGCAAAUUCAAUACAAUAGUCAACAAACAUUUCUACCUUAAUAUGUAGUACGGGGGGAAAUAAGUAUGAAUUAGAUCAACCUACAAAAUAUUAAAUCGAAAAUUUAAAAUAGCAAAUUAAUUUAUGA